UGGCUUUCUGGGUUGCCCUGUGGAGCUGAACGAGGAGGUAUUAUUAGGGCACACGGACGGACGGACGACGUUGACGUGGAGCGGAAAACACCAACCCACGGCCGUGGACGAGACGGAUAGCUCGUGGUUCUUUCUCUGACAAGGAAGAGGACCCGGAGUGAGCGAGAGAAGCCGACUGUGUGCGCAGCACGUCUCGGCGAACACCGAAAGGUUGUAAAUCAGUGGGUUCUCGGGAUGUGAAGACCAUCGUCAACCCACCUGGAUCACGCGUGGAAACUCAAUUUCACCUCCCCGCGGACGUCAAUCAAAGUGGACGCAAACUAGCUCCGUUUGUAAUGCUGGCGGGAGUGUGGCUUUCUUUUUGACACCGGAGUGUGCCACCGGGAAGGGCGGGGCCGAAGUAGAGGUCUCCCACAGCGGGAUUACCGAGCUCCCCCUCCGCCGCUCCAUACCCAGCGACGCCGCGGAUUCCUGAGGGGGAGCCGGGGAGCUUCCGCCGACGCUCACCGGGAACUAUCCGCCUCAGACACCGCCCCCGUUGGGCGUGAGCGGCGCGUGUCAGUCAUUGCUGUCAACGGUCACCUGGUCGUGGCCCUUUUCCCUCCCCGUUUUGGAGCCUAACGCGUUUUUGGUCCGGGAUUUUGGAACCCCCUCCCCUGCCGGACUAUGGCGGACGACGACGUCUUGUUUGAGGAUGUGUACGAGCUCUGCGAGGUGAUCGGGAAGGGUCCCUUCAGUGUCGUGAGAAGAUGUAUCAACCGAGAAUCGGGGCAGCAGUUUGCCGUCAAGAUCGUGGACGUGGCCCAGUUCACCUCAAGUCCCGGACUCAGCACGGAAGACCUGAAGAGGGAGGCCAGCAUCUGUCACAUGCUGAAACACCCUCACAUUGUGGAGCUGCUGGAGACCUACAGCUCGGACGGGAUGCUCUACAUGGUGUUCGAAUUUAUGGAUGGAGCGGACCUGUGCUUUGAGAUCGUGAAGAGGGCGGACGCCGGCUUUGUGUACAGCGAAGCAGUAGCCAGUCACUACAUGCGACAGAUCCUGGAGGCGCUACGCUACUGCCACGACAACAAUGUCAUUCACCGAGAUGUCAAGCCUCACUGUGUGCUGCUGGCGUCCAAGGAGAACUCUGCUCCUGUCAAGUUAGGCGGCUUCGGCGUCGCCAUCCAGCUGGGAGAGUCGGGACUGGUUGCCGGAGGUCGCGUAGGAACCCCCCACUUCAUGGCCCCCGAGGUGGUGAAGAGAGAGCCCUAUGGCAAACCGGUGGACGUGUGGGGCUGUGGAGUCAUCCUCUUCAUCCUCCUGUCGGGGUGUCUGCCUUUCUACGGCACCAAGGAGCGUUUGUUCGAAGCCAUCUGCAAGGGCAAAUACAAGAUGAACCCCCGCCAGUGGGGUCAAAUCUCGGAGAGUGCUAAAGAUCUGGUGAGGCGCAUGUUGAUGUUGGACCCCGCCGAGAGGAUCACUGUUUACGAGGCGCUCAACCACCCUUGGCUGAAGGAGAGGGACCGCUACGCCUACAAGAUCCACCUGCCAGAAACUGUGGAGCAGUUGAGAAAGUUCAACGCCAGGAGGAAGCUGAAGGGGGCCGUCUUGGCGGCGGUGUCCAGUCACAAGUUUAAUUCCUACUACGGAGACCCUCCUGAGGAGCUCCACGACUUCUCAGAUGACCCCACCUCCUCAGGGCUACUAGCAGCGGAACGAGCUGUGUCUCAGGUGUUGGACAGUUUAGAGGAGAUCCACGCCUUGACGGAUUGCAGUGAGAAGGAUCUGGAUUUCCUGCACAGUGUUUUCCAGGACCAACAUUUGCACACGCUGCUAGAUCUCUACGAUAAGAUCAACACCAAGUCGUCGCCGCAGAUCAGAAACCCGUCCAGUGACGCAGUGCAGAGAGCCAAAGAGACUCCGCCCUCCCACCGGGAAGAAAGUGAGGCUUUGACACUUCUGGACUAUGUGCUGGAGGAGAUCUCCUGCUACCCGGAGAACCACGAAGCGAAAGAACUCCGACGGAUACUGACCCAGCCGCACUUCAUGGCGCUGCUGCAGGCCCACGACGUGGUGGCCCACGAGGUCUACAGCGACGAGGCUCUGAGGGUGACGCCACCGCCCACCUCGCCUUACCUGAACGGCGACUCACCGGAGAGCACUAACGGCGACAUGGACCUGGAGAACGUCACCCGAGUGCGCCUGGUCCAGUUCCAGAAGAACACGGACGAGCCCAUGGGAAUCACGUUGAAGAUGAACGACUCCAACAACUGCAUCGUGGCCAGGAUCAUGCACGGGGGAAUGAUUCACAGACAAGGGACGCUGCACGUGGGGGAUGAGAUCAGGGAGAUCAAUGGCAUCAGCGUGGCCAACCAGACUGUGGAGCAGCUGCAGAAGAUGCUGAAGGAGAUGCGAGGCAGCAUCACCUUUAAGAUUGUGCCAAGCUACCGGACGCAGGGUUCUUCCUGUGAGAAAGAGUCCCCCACUUCCUCCAGACAUUCCCCUGCCAAUGGCCACUCCAGCAUUAACAGUUCUAUCUUGGACUUGCCGUCCACCAUCCAGCCCAAAGGUCGACAGAUCGUACCCAGACCUCCAAUCAAGGACAAAAUGUCUGUCAAGAUCUACGUGAGGGCUCAGUUUGAGUACGACCCCUCCAAAGACGAGCUCAUCCCCUGCAAGGAGGCCGGCGUCCGCUUCCGCGUGGGCGACAUCAUCCAGAUCAUCUCCAAAGACGACCACAACUGGUGGCAGGGCAAGCUGGAGAACACCAAGAACGGCACGGCGGGUCUCAUCCCCUCGCCCGAGCUGCAGGAGUGGCGAGUGGCGUGCAUCGCCAUGGAGAAGACCAAGCAGGAGCAACAGGCCAGCUGCACUUGGUUUGGCAAGAAGAAGAAGCAGUACAAGGACAAGUAUUUGGCAAAGCACAACGCAGUGUUUGACCAACUAGAUCUGGUCACCUACGAAGAAGUGGUGAAGCUGCCUGCCUUCAAGAGGAAAACGCUCGUUUUGUUAGGAGCUCAUGGCGUGGGCAGAAGACACAUCAAGAACACGCUCAUCACCAAACAUUCUGACAGAUUCGCUUACCCCAUCCCACACACGACCAGACCCCCGAAGAAGGACGAGGAGAACGGCAAGAAUUACUACUUUGUGUCUCACGACCAGAUGAUGCAGGACAUCAGCAACAACGAGUACCUGGAGUACGGCAGCCACGAGGACGCCAUGUACGGCACGCGGUUGGAGACCAUUCGCAAGAUCCACCAGCAGGGCCUGGUCUCCAUCCUGGACGUGGAACCUCAGGCGCUGAAGGUCCUUCGCACAGCGGAGUUUGCCCCCUACGUCGUCUUCAUCGCCGCGCCAACCAUCACGCCGGGCAUCGAUGAGACGCCAAGGUGGUGUCGCACGCUGCCUGACGAGUCCCUCCAGCGGCUGCAGAAAGAGUCUGAGAUCCUGCAGAAGACGUACGCUCACUACUUUGACCAAACCAUCAUCAACAACGAGAUCGACGACACCAUCCGACACCUGGAGGAGGCGGUGGAGUUGGUGUGCAGCAGCAGCCAAUGGGUGCCAGUCUCCUGGGUCUACUGAUUGAGCCCCGCCCACAACCCGACAGGCCAAUGGCGAGCUUCCGCAUAACCACGCCCCUCUACUCGGACAACGUGUUGUUCCACCCAAAAUGAAUAUUGUCUGUCUUCUAACUAGAGGACACAACUUUUUUCUAGAUGUUUUAAAGAGACAGUCCUGUGUCCCCGCCCACUCUUCUUCAUCAUCAUCGAGAGGACACUAAAGUGGACCUGCAAAAAAAAAAUCUAAAUAAAAAAAGCACACAAACAUGCUUCAUGUGUAGCUCAUGUCACAUGACAUUUUUGUAUUUAUUCUUUUCCUUGAUCCUCAGACUCUCUCGCGCCUCCUGCCUCUUCAACCCGUCCAUACAGGCGUUAUUACUCCACACUUGUAUAAAGAACAAGAGGACUUCAUCCUGCAUGUGGAACAUUUCUAUGGCAAAGCUCGGGGGGCCCUGAGACCCUCGUGUCCUUUUUCUUCUGUAAAAAGCUCAGAGAAAAUGAAAAAAAUAUUCCAGCUGUUUGGAAGAAGAUGAAGGAAGUAGAAGCGCAAGGAUGGAUGUCCUGUCGCUACACGGACAUUUGUCGCACAAAAAAAGUCACAUGUCCUCAUCUCACAAAUGUGUGUGAGAUAAGAUGAAAGCAGCUUUUCAGUAUAAACAUUUUUUUUUAAAUAUAUUUCCUUUUGUGUGUUGGACUAACAAA